AGCACUAACCCACAGUCAAAAGUCAAAACCACACCAUAAUGAAUAAAUUCAUGGGUCGUCGUUUAACUCUCACGGCCAAUAAAAUCAUGGGCCUCAAUUUCUACCCAUUUUUUCCAACUCACGUAGCCCAAACGACCAACUUUAUUUGUGCAAUAUUUAAACGCUCAUCAGAUUUCCCAAUUCAGGGUUUUGUUUUUCCUCCACCAUUUUAUGCGCCUCCUCCUCUCUUCCUCACCACACUUGCCCUAACCUCUCUCCACCCUCUCUCGCUCCCUCGUCUAUCGUCACCACCAGCAGCAGCAAAGAUGGCGGAAGUUGAAACUAUGGUGCCGGUUUCGGCGAUUAGCGAAACCUACCUGGCUGAUGUCAAACUCUUUGGAAAAUGGAGCUUUGAUGAUGUCACGGUUGCGGACAUUGCCCUAGUUGAUUACAUUGGUGCUUCUGCUGUUAAGCAUGCAACAUAUGUGCCUCACACUGCUGGUAGAUACCAGAAGAAGCGAUUUAGGAAGGCUCAAUGCCCCAUUGUUGAGAGGCUUACCAACUCCCUCAUGAUGCACGGGCGUAACAACGGUAAAAAGUUGAUGGUUGUUCGUAAUGUGAAGCAUGCAUUGGAAAUUAUUAGUCUCUUUACUGACUUGAACCCAAUUCAAGUCAUCGUUGAUGCAAUCGUCAACAGUGGACCAAGAGAAGAUGCCACAAGGAUUGGAUCAGUUGGUGUUUUUAGGCGUCAAGCUGUUGAUAUCUCUCCAUCGAGGCGGGUGAAUCAAGCCAUAUAUCUCCUGACAACAGGGGCUCGUGAGAGAGCAUUCAGGAACAUCAAAACUAUUGUUGAGUGCCUUGCCGAUGAAAUCAUUAAUGCUGCCAAAGGAUAAUCAAACAAUUAUGCUAUCAAGAAGAAGGAUGAGAUCGAAAGAGUUGCCAAGGCCAACCGUUGAGUUUUGUAUUUCGGGGUACGUAUUACAGAUAUUUUGUUUUUGUUGUGCUGCAAUUUUGGAAACCUAGGUUUAUCAAGAAUCAGAUGUCUUGUCAGUUAGUUUUGCGAAUUUAUUUAUGAUGCUGGAGAUUAGAUUUACCAAAGCUAGGUGUGAAUGAACCUUCAAAAUCUAUAUCAUGCUUGAGUUUAUAAAACUAAGAAUCUAUUAGCGUGAUGGUUGAACCCUGUUAUAUGUUGUCGUACUUCCUAAAUAUGAAGAACUUACUUUCAAUACCCGAGUAAGAAAACAGGUGCAUGGUUACAAGACUAUUGGAUUAAACUGUGAAACAAAUUUGCCCUUUAUUGUAUUUUUUUUGUUUCGAUUUCCUAAAAACGGAGAACUUUGUUUCAAAA